UGUCCACACCCUUGCUCCUGAAAGCCGUGGCUGGCUUCUUCCAAGAAGAGCUUUAAGGGAUGGAACAAACAUCUCCUCCCCGGAAAAAUAAAAGGUCAUGCACAAGAUUAUUUUGGGCAGUGUUUCCUCAUGCCUGCUUCCUCGCUUCUCUAGUGAUCUAUGCUUUGCUGGGGGCUGUCAUGUUCUCUCACAUUGAGGGGAACAGGAAGAUCACUGAGAGUAAAGAAUAUGAAGAUUUUAUGCACAGUCUGUGGAACAUCUCGCAAAAUUUAUCAGCGUACGCAGAAAACUGGUCAGAAGUUAAGGAGCUAUUUAAGAACAAAACUGUUCCUCUGCUCAAGGAUGCUAGAUCCGAAUGGUUUGCCAAUCCAAAAGAACAAUGGUCCUUCCUGGGGUCUCUGUUUUUCUGCUGUACUGUAUUCACAACAGUGGGUUAUGGCCACACCUACCCUAUAACGAAGCUUGGGAAAUACUUGUGUAUGUUAUAUGCUUUUUUUGGCAUCCCUCUGAUGUUCUUGGUUCUGACUGACAUGGGAGACAUCCUGGCAACUAUCUUGUCCAAGUCCUACAAUGAAUUCAGAAAACUUCAGUCAAAAAUUCUAACUUGCAAACUGUGCUGCAAGAAAAACAGGGACACCAAAGAUGGGAUGUCGCUACUUAUGAAACAAAGAAUAGUGAUCCGCGAACCCCUGAGUAUCACAGAAGUGCUGAAAAGUCAAUCCUCUGUUAUAAGGAAAUCACAGCAAAGCCGCAAUGUUGAAAUAUUUGAAAUGCUAAUUGCCAGAGAAAAUCAGUACCUCGCACCAUCAGUAAAUAAAAAACUUGAAAGAUGGAGUUCAUGUCCUGAACUAGACAGGAGAAAGAUGAUGAGCCAUGUCAUUGACAACUUUGACAAAAUAGGAAAAGAACUUGAAAAGCUAGAUGUGCCCAUCAUUUUAAUGGCACUGAUUGUCUUUGCAUACAUCUCCUGUGCAGCAGCUAUUCUUCCAAAUUGGGAGCAAAUGAAUUUUGAGGAAGCAUUUUAUUUUUGCUUCAUCACGUUGACAACCAUUGGGUUUGGAGACAUUCACCUGCAACAUCCCAACUUUUUCUUGUUUUUUUCCCUCUACAUUGUAAUUGGCAUGGAAGCAGUCAUCAUUGCAUUUAAACUGGGCCAAGAUCGAUUGAUCUCUUUUUACAAAAAUUUGAUUUCAUACUUUGGUCAGAAAAAGGCAACCCAAUAUAAGCAGGCUCCAUUUACAAAACAUGUAUUGCAGCAGCCCCUGACACAUUCACUGGCAAUUGCACUAAAGUGAAAUUGUCACCUCCAUUUCCUCUCCCUCCCUUAUGGAAAGCUGACAGGGGACAUAUGUUCCUCCUUGCUUUAACACGUGCCCCACUUUCUCCAAAAUCAGUGGGAAUGUGCUGUACAUGAAUUCUGCACAAACGAAGUUUCAUAGUUUCAUAGUAGUUUGGGGUCAGAAGAGACCUAAAUAGAUCAUCUAGUCUGACCCCCUACCACUGGCUGGAUCACACGACCCCAGACAGGUCUUCAUCCAACCUCUUUUUGAAUUUACCCAAGGUAGGAGCAAGGACUACUUCCCUAGGAAGUUGGUUCCAGAUCCUAGCCACCCUAACAGUGAAAUAGUGCCUCCUAAUCUCUGAAGUGUAUAACUAGAAAUAAGAACCAAAACAACACGAGGAAAAAGAAUAGAAUACUUCCACAUCUGGGUUCACAUCAGUCUUAUGACCCCUGGCAAUGGACCUUUCACUUCCUGCAGGCAUGGUCUCCAGAUGAACCAACUUAUAGGCCAACCCCUGAGCAUCUGCACAGGCAAAACUGAGGCAAAAUUCAUAUUCACCUGAGUCAACCAGUGCCUAGUCCCCUGCCUGCUUUUUGUCGUAUUACUCAAUCCAUCGUGAAUAUUAAUGUUAUUGUUACUGGGAUUAUCAAACAGAGUUGGGAAAUGGAGAUGCUUCCCCAACUGCUGUUUGCUCAUAACCUUAUACAUUGUAAACACUUACACUCCACAAUGGUCAGUAUGAACUUAAAAUAAAAAUAGAUAAAAUUUCAGUUCCUCCCCCAUCCAGCUGUUUUACAGUAUCAGAAAGUGCAAAGCAGCCAAAAAGCUGCCAAUCAAUGAGUAACU